GCACUAUGGACUUGUGAAUGCCUCUAUUUAACAGGACUCCUGCUGGGCCGGCUCUCACAAGCGUCGUUCCUUGGGACCGAAUGAAGCAAGAAAGAUGAGUUUGACCAAAAUCACCAACAUCGAUGCGGUGGAGCUGCAAGAAGGCAUCCAGAAUUCCGCCUUUCAAGACAACGGUGAUGAUACGUCUGAUGCCUCGAGCUUUCGAGAGCAACAGGCCAUCAGCAUGUCCGCCAACGAGCCGGAGGAGAACGAGUACACUCAGAUCAAGCCGUACGCUGGGAUGCCAAAAGAGGUCCUGAUGAGGUACUCCAGCAAAGCCUGCUACCGCAUACCUCGAGAGAUUCUUUUCUGGCUGAUCAUCGCAUGCACCCUGGCGCUUAUUGCCGUGACCAUUACGGUUGUGGCGCUGUCACCUCGAUGCAUGAGCUGGUGGCAGCUGUCUCCGGUCUAUCAGGUUUAUCCACGGUCAUUCAAAGACUCAAACGGUGACGGCGUUGGAGACCUCAAAGGAAUCAAAGAAAAGCUGAGCCAUUUUGCGUACCUGAACAUUAAAGCAGUCUGGAUCAGCCCUUUCUACAAGUCUCCCAUGAGAGACUUUGGAUAUGAUGUGGAGGACUUCAGGCAGAUCGAUCCCCUUUUCGGUACCAUGGAGGAAUUUGAAGACCUUCUGGCAAGCAUGCAUGACAAAGGUCUAAAGCUGAUCAUGGACUACAUCCCGAACCACACCAGCGACAAACACAUCUGGUUCCAGCUUAGCCGUAAUGGUACAGAGCCCUAUAAAGACUACUACAUCUGGACUAACUGCACACGAGACAAACCUCCUAACAACUGGGUGAGUGUCUUUGGGAAUUCCACCUGGGAGUAUGACGAGAUGCGACAACAGUGCUAUUUCCAUCAGUUCUUAAAGGAACAGCCUGACCUGAACUACCGUAACCCCCGAGUCGUAGAGGAGAUGACGGACAUAAUCCACUUCUGGCUGAAGAAGGGGGUGGAUGGCUUCCGCAUGGACGCUGUGAAACACAUGCUUGAGGCCACACAUUUAAGAAAUGAACCCCAGGUCGACCCUAACCAAGAUCCAUCGACUGUGGACACAGAGUUUGAGCUGUACCAUGACUACACCUACACACAACAGGGCUUACAUGAGAUCCUGACACAGUGGAGGAAAGAGCUGGACAUCUACAGCAGAGAGCCUGGCCGCUACAGGUUCAUGGUGAUUGAGUGUUAUGACUACGAAGAAAUAGAAAAAACCAUGAGGUACUAUGGCACAAACUAUGUCAUUGAAAGUGACUUCCCCUUUAACUUCUAUCUCCUGUACCUUCCUGACAAUCUGUCAGGAAAUCAAGCGAAACGCUUGGUUAAUUUAUGGAUGUCGAAAAUGCCAAAGGGAAAAUGGCCAAACUGGGUGGUGGGAAACCAUGACAAGCCACGUAUAGGCACAAGUGCUGGAAAGGAAUAUGUACGUGUUAUAAACAUGCUGUUGUUAACACUGCCUGGAACUCCCACAACAUACUAUGGAGAAGAGAUUGGCAUGGUGAACGUAAAUGUCUCUGUAAUUCAGGAUCCUUUCGGACAGCAUGAUCCGAGUAACAGUCGGGACCCGCAGCGAACACCAAUGCAGUGGAGUGAUCAGCACAACGCAGGUUUUAGUGACAGUAUAAACGGCACAUGGCUAGACAUCGCUCCAGACUACAGCACUGUCAAUGUUGAGGUUCAGCAGGCUCAACCAGACUCCACCAUUUCACAGUAUCGUGCUCUGAGUUUGCUCAGAGAGUCUGAGUUGGCCCUAGCCCGAGGCUGGUUCUGCUUCGUCUGGAGCGAUGUCAACAUAUUCGCUUAUUUGCGUGAGCUCGACGGGCUCAACAAAGCCUUCCUGGUGGUUCUAAACUUCGGCAACGAUACUACAACAGACCUGUCUUCAGUUAGUGAGUUGCCAGAUACUCUUACUGUGCAUUUAAGUACAGUGCCAAUAAGUCAAACGUCAUUCCCUAAAUCCAAAAUUCCAACAUCUAAAGGGCAAGGACUGCUCCUGGAAUAUUCCACCAAUCAGCGCUUUCACGCUAACCAUGAAUCUGAGUGCUAUGUGUCUGAGAAAGCCUGCUACUUGCCUGAACUAAAUAUUCUGUAUAAAUGUUGAGAAAGCUUUCUAGAAAAUGACCCAAACAGUGACAAAUGAUAAAAGCUAUUUCAUGUGUCAUGCUGGCUAGUCCUGCCCACUUUGAAAUCUCAUUGGUCCAGAAUCUCACUCCAUAUAACUGUACACUGAACAUCAAGUAUCUUCUGAUUGGCUGAGAAAGUUUGUAUCAUUUGUUCAGUGUGAUCCAGCAAGUUGCAUACUUAAAUGUUUAAAUAAAUGUUUGGUUUAUUGACAAAAAUCAGGUUGUUUUCUACUGACACAAACAGUACACAUACAUAUAAUUUAAUUUUGUGGUUUGCAAGUCAGUUUUUUUGACCUUUCUUUUUGUCUCCGUCGAGUUUUUUGCUGAUCUAGUCCAAGUUCUUUGUAAAGAAAGGCUAACUGUCGGGCACUCUGUGAGAGAAAUAAAAAAUACAUCAUUACAGCUGUAAACAUAAGCUGUUCGUCUCACUAACAGCUUUCUAACAACAGUACAGUAUAAGUUAAUGUGUGACAUCAAAUCAUGAGAGAAGGAUAUAUAUAAUGCUACAAUGCACUUUGUGAUCAUAAAGUAUAUGGAAUAACCACCUUAAUGAUUAAUUCAAAGCUUUAUAAUAGCAGCACGUUGAAAGUAUUACGCAUGAGGGUGUCAAUGUAGAUGGCAGGUCAUUUAACAAUUCUUUCUGAUAAGGUGCAGGAUGAAUAUAAUUGUUUAUGUACCUCAUUCAAAGACAGAUGAAAAUCCUCAGGGCCAAAGUGAUCACCUCCUGGCUGCAGGUCCAAAAUGACAGCUGGGACACGUGCUGCUGGUUGAACAUGCCAAUUAAAGAGGCAACGUGAACACGUGUUUUCAACUGAAUAUAAAGUGACAUAAGUUACCGAUGACGUUGUAGAAAUGCAAUCAGCCACAAUGUACUUAUUCAGCAAGCAAGUUUUCCUUUUGUUGAACACAAAAGAAGAUAUUUUAAAGAAUACUGGUAACAAAACAGUUGCUGGUGGCCUAUGACUUCUAUAGUUAAGAGGAAAAAAUACUAUGGAAGUAUUGGUUACCAUUAUUUUGAACAUCCUUCAAAAUAUCUUGUUUUAUGUUCAACAGAAGAGAGAAAUUCAUACAAGUU